AAUAGAUCGGAGUCAAGGCGUGCGGCUCCAAACGGAUUUUUCGUUUAAAUUUACCUUUUACUUCUAUUUAAAAGUGGAUAGCAGGAUCACACUAAGUCCCAAAGAAUAGUUGCAAUAGUGAAAGACCAAAAUUGCUAAUUUUUGUGCAAACAAAAGUGUUUGGAAAGAAAAGCAACAAAAAUUAAGACAAGUGUGCUGUUAGAGCGACACAACAUUUUAACGUGUUUGUUUGUGGAAUUGCUCAAGUAAAGGAUUUGCGAGAAGUGACAAUAUGCUGAAAAUGAGAGUGCUACUCUUCAUAACGCUUCUAGCGUUUACACAAUGCGCACGAUUAGACAACAAAUAUCUACCUCCGCCUGCAAGUGCAGCCAGUGCUGGUGGCGGUCCCGGCUUGCAAGGACCGGGUGGUAGUAAUUUCGGGCUUGGUGGUUUUCCAGGUGCUGGCGGUCCUGGUCGUCCCAUAGGCGGUGGUGGUGCACCUGGUGGAUUUGGUGGUGGCGGCAGCGCACCUGGUGGUGGCGGCGGUUUUGGCGGCGGUGGACGCCCUUCAGGUCCUUCUGGGCCCGCGCAACCAUCUGGCCCACCAAUACCAAUCUUGUCUUACGUCAAUGAAAAUGAUGGCGAUGGUAAUUAUCGUUACAGCUACGAGACCGGUAAUGGCAUUAAGGCGCAAGAAGAGGGUACAAUUAAAAAUAAGGGUUCCGAAAAUGAAAUCGCUUCUGUGAUGGGUUCAUAUUCGUAUACAAAUCCGGAAGGUGAGCUGAUUGAGAUUUCAUACUUGGCCGAUGAGAACGGCUUCCAACCUACCGGUGAUGCACUACCAACACCACCACCCAUACCGGAAGAGAUUGCCAAGGCUUUAGCGGCACAAGGUAUUUCAGCAGCACCAGGCGGUGGUUACACUGGCGGUCCGGGCACUGGAGCUGGUGUGUUUGGCGGUGCAGGAGGUGGCGCUGGAGCAGGCGGUUAUGGUGGUGGCGCUGGAGCAGGCGGUUAUGGUGAUGCCGGUCGUGGUGGUGGUGGUGGUGGUUACGGUGGCGGCUCUGGAGCUGGCGGUGCACCAGGUUUCGGUGGUGGAGCUGGAGGACGAGGACCUGGUGGAGCGCCAGGGUAUGGUAGUGGGCCUGGUGCUGGCGGUUCACCAGGUUUUGGAGGUGGUGCUGGUGGUCGCGGUACAGGUGGUGCCCCUGGAUUUGGCGGUAGUCCAGGCGCUGGCGGAGCACCUGGUUUCGGUGGCGGUGCUGGUGGUCGCGGUCCAGGCGGUGCUGGUGGUGCUCCCGGAUACGGAGGUGGUCAAGGAGCUGGUGGAGCACCAGGUUUUGGAGGUGGCGCUGGUGGUCGUGGACCUGCUGGACCCGGAGCAGGCGGUUUCGGUGGGGGUGCAGGUGGUGGUAGAGGUACCGGGGGAGCUGGUGGUGGAGCUGGCGGCUAUAAUUACGCACCUGGUGGAGCUGGAGGGGCUCCAGGUUUUGGUGGCGGUGCCGGUGGACGUGGUCCCGGAGGACCUGGUGCUGGCGGUCCUGGAGCUGGAGGCGCACCUGGAUUUGGUGGUGGUGCUGGUGGUCGUGGUCCUAGUGGUCCAGGUGCUGGCGGUUAUGGUGGUGGUCCAGGAGCUGGUGGCUCGCCUGGUUUCGGUGGUGGCGCUGGACGACCAGGUACCGGUGGUGGAGCACCAGGUUUCGGCGGAGGUGCCGGCGGACGUGGUCCAGGUGGUGCCGGUGGACAAGGUGGUUAUGGAGGAGGCUCUGGAGCUGGUGGCGCACCAGGAUUUGGUGGCGGCGCUGGUGGUCGUGGACCUAGUACCGGAGCCGGUGGUCCGGGAGCUGGUGGUUAUGGCGGUGGCCCUGGUGCCGGUGGCGCACCAGGUUUCGGUGGUAGUCCUGGAGGUCGUGGGCCAGGAGGUGCUGGCGGUCCAGGAGGUUACGGUGGUGGUGCUGGUGGUCCUGGUGGUUCUGGUGGUGCACCCGGAUUCGGAGGCGGUGCUGGAGGUCCCGGUGGACGAGGCGGUGGCGGCCCUGGCGCUGGCGCUGGUGGUUUCGGUGGUGGACGCGGUGGCGCUGGUGGACCUGGUACGCAGUAUGUGCCACCAAGUACUGGCGGCGCUGCUGGCGGUGGGCCUGGGGGUGCUCCCGGUCGGCAUGGGAGUGGUGAAUUCAAUCCCCAAACCGGCUAUAAUUACUAAAAUGUCGUUGAUUAUGUUGAACCUUGAGACGAUCGCCCUCCACAAUACGCUAACGCUAUUCCAAAAUACGCUGCCCAAAAUACACCUCAAUACUCAUGAG